UUGAGUCUGGGUUGGCUGUCACAUGACAACAACAUGGCGGGAGGUUUCAGCUGUGCGCUGUUAGCUGCUCUUGUGUCGGUUUCAUAUGCCGAUGUUGUUGAUCUGUCUGGGAAUUGGACUCUUCUUAACAAUGUUAGAGGUGAGAGGAUUCCUGCCAGUGUGCCAGGCAGCAUGUACACAGCCCUGUACACCAACAAGCUGAUUCCAGAUCCGCUGUACCGGGACAACGAUGUCAAACUACGAUGGAUUGGACGAGAAGACUGGACAUACACACGUACCUUUCAGUUGAGUUCAGCAGACCUGUCUGCCUCUGCCCUCCAUCUUGUCUGUGACGGUCUGGACACCUUCUCAACUGUCUUCAUCAACAACAAGAAGGUCGGGACAUCAGAGAACAUGUUUGUCCAGUAUGUCUACGACAUAAAAAAUGCUGCCAAGGUAGGGGACAACACAAUUAGCGUUGAGUUUGACUCUGCUGUAAAGGUUGCUGAACAGAAGGCCAAUGCUUCUGCCUAUGACAUCCCCAAUGAUUGUCCACCCAAGGCACAGAACGGAGAAUGUCAUGUCAACAUGAUCAGAAAGGAGCAGUGUUCUUUCAGCUGGGACUGGGGACCGUCCUUCCCAACACAGGGAAUAUGGAAAGAUAUCUAUAUCGAGGCAUUCAAUACUUCAGUUAUCCGUGAACUGUCAGUGGCAACAACAAGAGGAUCGGGAGGAGAGUGGAUGCUGGAUGUGGGCGUGUACUUCGACGUUGGCGGGGGUUCCGUGUCGGGCGUCCUCACCACCUACGUUGUCGGGACAUCGGUGAUGAAGUCAAUGCCACUGACACUCACACCAACAAACAGUUCAUCCAACUUCACAAUCACCAUUCCUAGCAGUGAGAAAAUCGACAUAUGGUGGCCGAAUGGUUAUGGGAACCAGACUCGUUACAACGUCAACGUCACCUUCACCAGCAACAACGAGGUGUCCAACAAACAACGUCGGGUGGGAUUCCGUACUGUAGAGCUGGUGCAGGAUCCUGUUGGCAACAACACAGGUUUAACAUUCUACUUCAAGAUAAACGAUGUACCGGUUUUCUUCAAGGGAUCAAAUUGGAUCCCUGCGGACAAUUUUCAGGAAAAUAUUAAUAAAAAAAGACUGCGCCGUCUGCUCCAAUCAGCUGCUGAAGUCCACAUCAACUCAAUGAGGGUUUGGGGAGGAGGGGUUUAUGAAUCGGAAGAUUUUUAUGAUAUCGCGGACGAGUUUGGCAUCAUGAUCUGGCAGGACCUGAUGUUUAGUGUCGCACUCUAUCCCACUACUCCAGACUUCCUUAGUACCGUGUCACAAGAAAUCACACACCAGGUUCGACGAAUCAGGCAUCAUCCGUGCAUAGUACUGUGGGCAGGAAAUAAUGAGAAUGAGAAAGGACUAAGACAGGACUGGUAUGACGUCCACUUACACUACAAGCGCUACUACGAUGACUACGUCAAGUUGUACGUGACAACGCUCAAGACUAUCGUCAACAAGGAAGACUCGACCCGGGUGUAUCUGUCAUCGAGCCCCAGUGAUGGCCAGGAGACAGAGAAAGAGGGCUGGGUAGCCAAGGACCCUGGCUCCGAGCUGUAUGGCGACAUUCACUUCUACGACUACAUCUCAGACCUAUGGAAGGACUCAAAUUACCGCAUCCCGCGAUUCGCCUCGGAGUACGGGAUCCAGGCCUGGUGUGACAUCGAGACCCUGGAAGAUGUGUUUGACUCGGGGGACUUCGACUACUGGGGUCCAAUGUCUUAUCACAGAAAUCAUCAUCCUCUUGGUAAUAUUGAGAUGAUAGAAGAAAUAGUCCUACAUUUCAACGAACCCAUUAAUCCAGAUUACAAACAGAAAUUCAGUGACAUCAUCUACUUAACACAGAUCAACCAGGCUGUUUCAAUACAGACUCAGAGUGAGCACUACCGCCGCUGGCAGAACGCCAUGACAUCAGAUGGGCGGGGACAGACUAUGGGCGCCCUCUACUGGCAGCUCAAUGACAUCUGGCAGGCCCCAACCUGGGCUGGCAUAGACUACACAGGCAAAUGGAAGAUGCUGCACUACUAUGCUCGGAAGUUCUUUGCUCCCAUUCUUAUCUCCCCCUUCAUUGAUGGCAACUUCCUCAACAUCUACAUGGUGGUGGACGAGAUCCCCCUGACCGAGGUCAAGGACACCAAGACCGGCAUGAACGUCUUCACCCCUGCUAACAGCUUCAUCAGCCUCCUCCAGUCCAACUUCCCCCGUGAAGAGGCCGUGCAUCUGAUGACGAAGACAGCCGAGGCCACCACAGGAGUUCUCUACAUUCAGAUGUACCGAUGGGACAGCUUCACCCCUCUCAGGACAUGGAACGUGACAUACAAGCUGAAAAAGUCGUCCCAGUCAGUUUUCAAGCAAGAUAUUGACACUCUGGUGAGUGCCACCGGUUGUCCAGGCAGGUCCAGCUGCUUCCUCUACAUGUACCUGAACGACCCAGCUAGCGGCAUCAACGCAUACGUCCCCCUCACAUACUACAACAGCGUCACUGGACUCGCCAAGGCUCAAGUUAUGGUAACUGAUGUUACGAUGAUGACGAACACAGAGUUUGAAGUCACUGUUGGAUCUAAUCGCAUCGCUCCAUUUGUUUGGUUGGACGCGAUCGGCAUCCCCGGCAGAUUCUCUGACAAUGGAUUUCUCAUGAUGGCGCCUUCUCGUAUAGUCAUCUUCACCUCAUGGGACCCUGUGGACCUGGAAACUGUAAAAAGAUCAUUGAAAACUAAAUCUUUAAUGGAUAUUCAGUUUUCCUGAAAAUGAGAUAAUACUGUUUUCAGACAAAUUAAAAUAUUUUUGUAAAAA